GUCCGUGUGGAUCGCGCCCGGGUGGUACGAGUAGAACUUGACGUUGCCCUUCGGGUUGUCGUAGCCAAAGUGCGUGAUGAUCUGAUUCGCAGCGGCCUUAGUGCUGCAGUACGCGCUGCCUCCGGGCACCACAAAUUGCGCGGCGGCCGAAGAGACGUGGAUGACGCUCUUCGGGCCGCCGGUGGCGGUCGAGGGGAUGGCCAUGAACUCGCGCACGAUGUGGAAGAGGCCGAGGACGUUGACGCUGUAGCUCUCAGCCAUGGACUCGGUCGAGACGUCUUUGGCCGGCUUGUUGCCGUCGUAGCCAACGUUGCUCGUGGCGCAGGGGACGAGGACGUCGACUUCGCCUACGGAUUGCAGGACUUCGGUGAUGCGCGGGAAGUCGGACUGCGAGGCGAUGUAGGUCUCGACUUUGGUGUUGGGGUACGCCUUCUCGAGGCUUGCCUUUGCGGCGGCGAGGACGCUUUCGCGGCGCUGGAGGAUGAUGAUGCGGGCGAUGCCGGCUUUGGCGAAGGACUCGCUGAUGGAGUAGCCGAUGCCAGUCGCUGGGAGGAGGGUCUUGCCCUUCGCCUCGAACUUGGUGUUGGAGGGCGAGACACGGUCGUAGGUUUUGGCAUG